AUGUCUUGUGGCCAAGCUCACAAGUGGCCUGACAUUUCCCCCUUCCAACCCGCGUUCCGAAAAGCGAAUACCAUAGAGAUUUGCGAAUACGAGUGUUAA